CCACAGAGUUAUAAGUUUUAACCUCUUUAUUGGGUGUCUUCUCAUCAUACGUGCAGGCAUCAAAUGAUUUGAAAAGGAGGGUCAAUUCACUCAAGUUUCUAUUGUUUUCUUUUAUCCAUUGCAGGUACCUAACACGAUCCACAGAGAGAAAGAGAGGAGAGAGAGAAUAGGAGGUGUACAUGAAAGGAAUAUUAAUAAUAAUAAAUGUUUGAGAUAUCCAGUAAAUGGGUAUUGAUUUCUUUUUGUGAGGGACUUUUUAAACCCCAUCUCUCUUUUAUUUAUUUUCCUAUCUUUUAAGAUUGAGAGGAGCAGAUAUUGAGUUUGACAAGAGCAACUCUCAAGCUCGAGAGGUAGACCACUUGUGAUGCGGUGAUGUGCUCAGAUCCAUCUUGCCCUCAUGUAUUUUAGCCAUAAUUGGAUGGAUUUGUGCAAGCAAAGCCGUGUCGGCGUCGACUGAAUUGUGGAGAAUAUAUGCUAUGAAAUGGCCUAAUUGAAGAAACCAAAUUGAAGCAUCUCUCGUGUCCGUACACUGAUCUGAGAUUUGAUUUGGCUUCAUCAUCAUCAUCGAUAUGGCAACGUACUUUCAUGGGAGUUCAGAAAUCCAAGCUGACGGAUUGCAGACACUUUAUCUCAUGAAUCCAAACUACAUAGGCUACUCUGACACACAGCAACCUUCUGCAGCCAACAUGCUCUUCCUCAACGCUACUCCAAACUCGCUCAAUCCUACAAACCUACCAAAUAUGUCACUGCAAAACCAGCACUUUGUUGGGAUCCCACUUCCAAACAUGGGAUCAGCCAAUUCUGAUGAUCAAAACCGCUCCUCACUGCAUGCCCAGCCUGAGAUGUCAUCUCUACAAGGGAUAGUCCCUCGUUUUCACUACAAUUUAUGGGGCUCAACUGAUCAAAAUCCCACCGGAAACCAGCCCCAGAUUCCAACAGCGGUGGCGGCCGCCAGUUCUGGCGGUGCAGCUGACGUUACAUCGCAGUUGGGGUUACGGCGACAAGUUGUUUCACCUACUCAGCAAGGUUUAUCGCUGAGCCUUUCGCCUCAUCAGCCUACUUACCGGUCAGUUCCCGGGGAGCAUGACAUUCAGGUGCAGCAACAGCCUCCAGUCCAGGCAAUAUCGCCCACAAGUGGCGAUGAUAUGCGAGUAUCGGGGGGUUCUUCAUCGACAGCAUCUGCAGUUUCGAAUGGAAUUUCUGGUAUGCAAAGCGUUCUUUUGGGGUCCAAGUACUUGAAGGCUGCACAGCAGCUUCUGGAUGAGGUCGCUAACGUUGGGAAGGGAAUCAAGACUGAUUCCGGCGAAGAAACUAAAGAGAGGGAGAAGGUGAACACUAUCUCAGUGGCUGCAUCGACCGGAGAAGCCCUGAGUGGAGGCGAAAGUAGUGCCAAACGUGGAGCUGAGCUAUCCACAGCACAAAGGCAGGAGCUUCAGAUGAAGAAAGCCAAGCUUGUCAACAUGCUUGAUGAGGUGGAGCAAAGGUACAGGCAGUACCACCAACAAAUGCAAAUUGUAGUUUCUUCAUUUGAGCAAGCAGCUGGGCAGGGAUCAGCAAAAUCAUACACUGCCUUGGCUUUACAGACCAUCUCAAAGCAGUUCAGGUGUCUAAAAGACGCCAUUUCUGCACAAAUCAAAGCCACAAGCAGCAGCUUAGGUGAAGAAGACUGCUCAGGAGGGAAGGUGGAAGGUUCUAGACUAAGGUUUGUGGAUCAUCAGCUUCGGCAACAGCGUGCCUUGCAACAGUUGGGAAUGAUCCAGCACAAUGCUUGGAGACCACAGAGAGGACUUCCUGAGAGAGCUGUUUCUGUUCUUCGUGCUUGGCUCUUCGAACACUUCCUUCACCCCUAUCCUAAGGAUUCCGACAAACACAUGCUUGCCAAACAAACGGGGCUUACUCGAAGCCAGGUGUCAAACUGGUUCAUAAAUGCUCGGGUUCGACUGUGGAAGCCAAUGGUUGAAGAAAUGUACUUGGAGGAAAUAAAGGAUCAGGAGCACAAUGGUUCCCAAGACAAUGCAAGCAAGAGUGAAGCCAACAAGGAGUUGGGUUCAAAAUCCACUGCCGCACAAGAGAGUGGUGCAACUAGGGUGGAUCAAACAAACGAUUUCCAAUCCAAACAAGAAAAAUCGACCACCCAGAAUGCUUCUCCUGCUGAGCUUUCAAAUUCCACAAUGUCGACAUCCCCCAUGGGAGGCUCACUUCAAGUCCAAGCUGGCUUCAAUCUCAUAGGGUCAUCUGAGAUUGAAGGUAUGGUUCAAAGAAGUCCAAAAAAACCAAGAAGCUAUGACAUUCAGAGUUCACCCAGUAGCAUUCUCUCAAUGGACAUGGAAAUGAAACCCGGUGGGACAAGUAGGGAAAUUAGCAUGAAGUUUGGUAGUGAAAGGCAAGCCAAGGAUGGAUAUCCAUUAAUAACAGGAGCUAUAAAUAAUGGUGGUGGAUUUGGCGCAUACUCCCCCAUUGGAGACAUAGGAAGGUUUAACCCUGAGCAGUUGGCACCCAGAUUUCAUGGAAAUAGUGUUUCCCUCACUCUUGGUCUUCCCCACUGUGAAAACCUCUCUCUGUCAGGAAGCCAACAAAGCUACCUAUCCAAUCCAAACGUUCAGUUGGGAAGGAGACUUGAAAUGGGAAACGGUGAACCGGACUACUGUGGGAUCAAUGCUGCACAACCUUCUCAUUCCAACGCUGCUUACGACAGCAUCAACAUUCAAAACAGAAAGAGGUUUGCUGCUCAGUUGCUACCAGAUUUUGUGGCCUGAUGAUUUUACAGAAUACCCACUUCACCCUCUCUUUUUAAGACCACUGCAAAUCACCUCUACAAUUUCUUCCAACAUUGCAGGUAAGCCUAGUAAACAAUAUCUAUAUAUUAGUGACUCAAGCCAUUCGCUCAGACAGAAAUGCAGAAUUAGACUUUCCAAGUUCACUUUGUUUCAUCUCCUCCGAGGGAAGAGAGGAGAAGCAUGCUUGAUGUGAAGAAAGAAGAAAAAGGUUAAAAUAGUUUUGAACUUGGAGAGAACAACUUGCUUUGUUACAAAGCUUAGGGAUUGGGUUCAUAUAAUUAAGGUUGACGAUUGUAUAUUGUAUUGGUAUAUACGUUUGGAUAUAGACUGAUUGGUAGAUUGCAUGAAUAUGGAAAUCGGUGAUAUCUGGGUAUACAAACCUAUAUUUUGUAAUAAUAUAAAUUUCUGUAGAUCUCCUCUAUAUAUUAUAAUUUUCUCUA